AUGGGUACUGAAGAUGAAAUACCCCACCCGUGGUCACCUCUGGAAUCUCGAGCAUUGCAGUGGAUAGUGACAUGCACCGAUCAUCCAAUAGCUCAUGAGCGUCCUUCACUCCCGUCCCAUGGCAAGCCCACACCUGAGUCGACGUUGUUUCCUCAGCUUGUUCAAGUCGAGGCCAUUGCGCCCUCAACACUGUUUGAUUCAUCUCCUCCGGUCAGGCAGAACCUUGGUAUGGAUUGGAACGAUCUCAGAGCAGAGGAAGAUCCCCAGCUCUGUCAACUCGUCCUGGUCCCACACGCCACUCACCCAUGGAUCCUCUCCCCGUCUUCCUAUCCACCAGACCUUCAAGCAUACUACACCAUGAACCCUCGAUCCAACACUGCCACCAUAGAGAGGAUCCUCUCCCGAGUCUUGAAGGAGAAUGGCCGACUCCAUGUCCAACUCACCCGUCUCCCGGCCCAUCGAAAUAUCCUCAUCCCAUCCACUAUCCCGACACCAGAGCGACCAUCCUAUUGGGCGAUCAGAGUCUCCUGCUUGAUCAGCCAACAGACACAGGACACCAUCUGGAACUCGGUUCAUGACGCAUUGGAUUCCGGCUGCAAGGUCAGUGUCAAGGGAAACAGACGGACCGAUGCUCAAUUCCAGCCAUUCCAUGCCGGAGUCCUCUUUCGAUCUUCCCAGCUCAACCAACCAUGGGUCACCAAUGAUCUCCUCCAAAAGCGUGGUCCAGCCUCAGCCCAACAGGUCAGACGACAGAAAAUGCUCCAUGUUCUCCGAUCCGUCGACAAGCUCGCCAAUGGACCAGUCCAACGCGUCCUAAACCACAUCGACCGACUAACAUGGCGCAGACACCACGCAAUCAGCACCCAGUUCAGACAAGGGCUGUAG